CCCCCUGCUGGACAUCGGGGCAAAACGAGCUGAAUCAGCCCUUUUCUUUACUCCCACGUGACCUGAAGUCAUAUGACUGGCUGAGCAGAGACCGGGGGCUUUUACAGAACGACUGAAGUUCAGAGCGCAGGACUGGCCGUUAAUCCGUUAGCAUGAAGCUCAUUAUUCUAGACGAUUAUGACCAAGCCAGUGAGUGGGCAGCUAAGUACAUAAGAAAUCGUAUUAUCCAAUUUAAUCCAACCGCUGAUAAAUACUUUACUUUGGGGCUUCCAACAGGAAGCACGCCGCUAGGAUGCUACAAGAAACUAAUCGAGUACCAUAAAAAUGGAGAUCUCUCCUUCAAGUAUGUGAAAACAUUCAAUAUGGAUGAGUAUGUUGGCCUUCCCAGGGAGCACCCAGAGAGCUAUCAUUCCUUCAUGUGGAACAACUUCUUUAAGCACAUUGACAUCAGAGGUGAGAAUGCCCACAUCUUGGAUGGAAACGCCACAGACCUUCAGGCAGAGUGCAACCUGUUUGAGGAUAAGAUUCGGGCUGCUGGUGGCAUUGAACUGUUUGUUGGAGGUAUCGGUCCUGAUGGUCACAUAGCCUUCAAUGAGCCAGGGUCAAGUCUGGUCUCCAGGACCCGAGUGAAAACAUUAGCCAUGGAUACUAUUCUGGCCAAUGCACGGUUCUUUGACGGCAACCUCUCCAAAGUGCCAACCAUGGCCCUGACUGUGGGUGUGGGGACUGUUAUGGACUCCAAAGAAGUCAUGAUUCUCAUCACUGGAGCCCAUAAAGCCUUUGCUUUGUAUAAGGCUAUUGAGGAAGGUGUGAAUCAUAUGUGGACAGUUUCUGCUUUCCAGCAGCACCCAAGCACUGUGUUUGUCUGCGACGAGGAUGCCACUCUGGAGCUUCGUGUAAAGACUGUCAAAUAUUUCAAAGGUCUGAUGCAUGUUCACAACAAAUUGGUUGAUCCUCUGUACAGCAUCAAGGAGAAAGGGACAAAGGGACAAACUCCAAGGAAACCCUACAGCGACUGAGCCAGAAAGAGACUCUGGUGCCAGCGAAGUUGCAUUGUGAAUUCAGAUGAGUAUAGGAAAAGCAGACAAUGCUAUAAGCCUCUACUCUUGUCUAUCAGUAUACAGUCGUUUAUAUGAACCACAUACUCUUUGUAUAUUCCAGACACUCCAUUGGAAUCCUAUUUGCUUCUCACUCCAGGUUUUGUAUUAAAAGGCAUACAGCUUGGAA